ACACGCAAACAAGAGCUUUGCACACUUCACAAUCACAAACCAUUCAUCAAGCGUCUCCCUCCAUUAACAAACAAACAACUUUCUUCUCAUAAAAACAAAAACACAAGCAUCAUUAAAAAAUUUACAACGAUUCAUCACGUGUCAUGUCACACUACAACACAUGUCACACAAUAUUAAAACACAUCAACCUUUGUCAAACAAACAUUAAUCAUUUGACUUGUUCAUACAUUUCAAGAGUUCGAAUCAAAAAACCCCAUUAUGCAUCCAAACCCACAAGAACAAUCACUACCACUAUUAGUGCAACACCAAGAAGAUGAAAAGCCACAAGAAACAGCUUAUGAUUCAUCUGAAAAGAUAGUAGUAAUUGGAAUUGACGAAUCAACAAAUUGGGGUACAUCAGUUCCACCAUUUUCAUGGAAGAAACUAUGGAGAUUCACAGGUCCAGGUUUUCUAAUGAGCAUAGCGUUUUUGGAUCCAGGGAAUUUAGAAGGAGACCUUCAAGCUGGUGCAAUUGCUGGGUAUUCUUUGUUAUGGCUUCUUAUGUGGGCUACAGCAAUGGGGCUUUUGAUUCAGCUUUUGGCAGCUAGGUUAGGUGUUGCUACAGGGAAGCAUUUGGCUGAGCUUUGUAGGGAGGAGUACCCUAGAUGGGCUAGUAAUCUGCUUUGGGUUAUGGCUGAGUUUGCUUUGAUUGGUUCUGAUAUACAAGAGGUUAUUGGUAGUGCUAUUGCUAUUAGGAUUCUUAGUAAUGGGGUUGUUCCUCUUUGGGGUGGUGUUAUCAUUACUGCUCUUGAUUGUUUCAUUUUUCUCUUUCUUGAGAACUAUGGUGUGAGAUCAUUGGAGGCUUUUUUUGCUGUUCUCAUUGGCAUAAUGGCAGUAGCUUUUGGUUGGAUGUUUAGCGAGGCAAAGCCAAGUGGCAAGGAACUUCUAGUUGGCAUUUUUGUUCCAAAACUCAGCUCAAGAACUAUACAACAAGCUGUUGGAGUUGUGGGCUGUCUUAUAAUGCCUCACAAUGUAUUCUUGCAUUCCGCUCUUGUUCAAUCAAGGAAAGUUGAUCAAAGCAAUCAAGGCCGAGUUCAAGAAGCGCUUAAUUACUUCUCAAUAGAGUCCACACUUGCCUUGAUAGUCUCCUUUAUUAUCAACAUAUUUGUCACAGCUGUGUUUGCGAAAGGGUUUUAUGGUAAAGAAACGGCGAAUAGUAUUGGCCUUGUAAAUGCGGGACAAUAUCUCCAAGAUACUUAUGGAGGUGGAAUGUUUCCGAUAUUGUAUAUAUGGGGUAUUGGAUUGUUAGCAGCUGGUCAAAGUAGCACUAUAACCGGUACUUACGCCGGCCAAUUUAUCAUGGGAGGUUUUCUAAAUUUAAGGUUGAAGAAAUGGAUGAGAGCGUUGAUUACUCGAAGUUUUGCAAUAGUCCCAACUAUGAUAGUUGCUCUUAUAUUUGAUGCUACCGAGGAUUCACUCGAUGUUCUGAAUGAGUGGCUUAAUGUUCUUCAGUCGGUACAAAUCCCCUUUGCACUUAUUCCUUUGCUUUGUUUGGUAUCAAAGGAACAGAUAAUGGGAACUUUCAAAAUUGGCACUGUCCUCAAGAUUACUUCUUGGUGUGUGGCUGCUCUUGUGACAGUGAUCAAUGGCUAUCUUUUGAUGGAAUUCUUUUCAGCUGAAGUGAAUGGAAUAUUAGUUGGAGCUAUAGUAUGUGUAGUAACUGCUGCAUAUGUUGCAUUCAUAAUAUAUCUUAUUUUGAGGGCCACUAGGAAGUAAUAUUAUUCUGUCAAUGGCUUGUUGUAAUCUUGUAUGAUGCAAUAGUGUAGAUUAUAAAAUAAUUUAGAGUAGAUUUUAGUGUUGUAUUGCUUUCAAAUUUUCUUGUCUUUGAUGAUUUGGAAGCAGAUGUAGUGCUUAAACUUUGUUGUUGUAAUAUCUUUAGGCUACUCUAGUUUCUGGCUAGAAGCUCCAUGAGUCUUUCUCAAAUUCUUUUUGAUUAGGCAAAAAUAGCGUGUGUAUAUGUAAAACGGUGCAUCUGAGCACUAAUUAAGCAUACUAAUAAGGAAGUUUAUAAGAGA